CAGGAUUUUCAAGUUUUAUUUUGAUUACGUUGUUAUAUUUUUGUUGUAAACAGUUGUGUAUAAAAGUAUUAAAAUAAGUAAAUAAUAAUUAAUGGAAUCCAAUAAUUAAUUGUCUUAAACAAUGCAUAUGUUUGACAUACAAUCUUGUGUAAAUAUACAGUGUUAACGAGUGUAUCCACGUGUUAAUGAAUAAUUGAAUUCAGAUCUCAUGAAUGAAUGAAUGCCACGUAGUCGGCCUUUUAUAUACCAAGUAUUUUAAUUGUUUAGAAGCAGAAAACAAUGUUGUUUAACAUUAUAUUUAUUUAUUUACUGCCCAUCGUUUUCGUUUCUAUAAUUUUGUUUUGCGUUGUACUCUAUUUAAUAACACAACCAUAUCCUAAUACAUGCCGAUAUGCUGAAGAGAAAUUUUAUUUUAAUCCUACAUCUGGUGAAAAAGAAGCUUUUCCUUCUUUGAAUGAUUCUUUUUCUGUACAUAUAAGUGUUAUUGUUCCUGCCUACAACGAAGAGGAACGCUUACCUCCGAUGCUUGACGAAUGUCUGGAGUAUUUAGAGAAUCGUAAAAAAAGUGGAUUAACAUAUGAAGUUAUUGUUGUAAGCGAUGGUAGUGUUGAUAAAACUGUCGAAAUUGCUCACAGUUAUUCCAAAAAAUAUAGAAAUUUAAGAGUUUUAAAAUUAGUCAAGAAUAGAGGAAAAGGAGGAGCUGUAAGAUUGGGAAUUCAAAGUGCUAGGGGAAGUGUUCUAUUAUUUGCCGAUGCAGAUGGUGCAACGAAAUUUGUUGAUUUAGAUAAAUUAGAAAAAAGUUUAAAGGAUGUUUUAGGAGUGGACUACACGGAAGCUCCGGAACAAGUUGCUGAUCAGCAAGCUUUGAUUUGUGGAUCACGUGCACAUUUAGAGGAACAAGAAAUCGCAAAAAGAUCAUUUUUCCGUUUGUUUUUAAUGUAUGGAUUUCAUUUUUUGGUUUGGUUUUUCUGUGUUAGAGACAUUCGUGAUACACAGUGUGGAUUUAAACUUAUGACUAGGGAAACUGCAAGAACAAUAUUUGAUGUUUUACAUGUGGAACGAUGGGCUUUUGAUGUUGAAAUGCUCUACAUUGCACAAACUCUAAAAAUUCCCAUCACUGAGAUUGCUGUCAAUUGGACUGAAAUUGAAGGUUCAAAAUUGGUGCCAUUUUGGAGUUGGUUACAAAUGGGACGUGAUUUAGGUCUCAUAUGGUUGAGAUACAAAAUCGGAGCUUGGAAACUAAGUUGCUCUAUUUUUAGAACUCUAGAAAAACAACAACAACAACAACGAAGAAUAAAUUGUUUAGAAUAAUCUGAUGAAAAUAGCUGUCUGAUGAAAUAUUUUACUCGAUGAAAAAAAAGGAUAUUAAUUACUCACCAUUGAAAGGU